UGAAAAUACAAAAUGUCUCCUAUUCGACGUACCUCUCCAGAGCCCUAUGACGACAUCCCGUCGUCCCCAGAACCCAAACGCAAACAAGGUGGUCGCCAUCGUCUGUUCUCCAACGAACAACGCAAGGACCGUAAUCGAUUAGCGCAGGCAGCUUUCCGAGAGCGAAGGUCUCAGUACACUAAAACGUUGGAGUGUACCAUCGAGAAACUUGAAACCAUUAUAUGUGAGCUUCAAGAUAGCAAUAGGGCUACAAGCCAGCAAUUGGAUGAUACUAAGGAAGAAUCAGACAAGCUGCGGCAACUAUUACUUACUGUGAUAACCGAGAACCAUAACUUGCGAAGGAAGAUCAAGUCAAUGAAUACCACUCAGAAGGAACAAGUUGUACAAUAUGCUUCCCGUCAACUCCCAUGUUCACCGGUAUUGUCUAUGACAGAAGAUAGCAGUGAUUCUCUUAGUGUAUCAUCGGAGAACUCGAACGCAGUGGACAACUCCUUUCUACAGUUUUUGAUGGGCUUACCAUCAUCCUCAGCAGCGUUGACAUCGGCUACGCAACCAUCACAAGGCGAGUUUCUUUCAUUUUACUUCCACAGCUGUUCUUCCUCUUUCAAAGAACAUUCGAUCCUAGUUGUGAUAUGUUGGUUUCUUUGCAGAUAUGACGCCAAGUCAAAAUACAUCCUAUCAAGAUGAACAGCCCAUAUUCUACCCUCUCUAGGCAAGUGCUUUUCAAAAAUUUUAGACACUGAUGUUUAGACACUAUGAUCCUAGUUGUUCCAUUGCCCCCCAACAGAAUCAAACCUAGCACCAUCUCGUCACCACUUGACAAAAAAAACCAAAAACUAGAAAACUGAAUGGGUGGGCAACUCUCCUCUUUUCUUUGACUAUCUUUGUUGAUCUUUACCCAAAGCCCAUUUUACGAUGAUUGGCAUGAUGGUUGGUGUUAACGAAUAGUUGUACAUAUAGUGCAACAGCAUAUGUUGUAGAUGUGAAUAUAAAUUGCAU